AUGGUGUACUGGGAAAGCAUCAGGACCUCAUGCCAUUUUCUUGGGAUGUUCCUUCAGGUUCAGGCAAGCCCUGCUGAAGAGGAGGAGGAAGCUCAGGAUACCUAUGAACCUCCCCCAAGAGAAGAGCCGACUAAGAAAACGCCUGUAGUCCCACCGCAAGAGUCUGAACAGGGGAUCUACCUGGAUUGUCCAAAUGUGAGGCGCUUUUCUGUGCCGCUCGGCAGUUUGCAUGCGAAGCCCUGCUUGUUGCUCACAAAGGCCGGAGCUGAAGACAGUGGUGAUGAAGGGACAAUCAACAUCAAAGCCAUCGAGGAAGCACUGAAAAAGGGAUUGAUGAAGCCUCCUCAGCCCCCUUCUCUCCCAUCCUCAGCUCGCCGGGUGUCUUUGCCUGCUUCAGUCUUCUCUGGACAUCCAGCAAAAGUGGCCAUAAACAACGAUCUUUUUCUGGCUUCAAAAGAUGACAAGGAAGAACCUGAAGAUCAACCUAUCUAUCUGGAAUGUGAGGCCACCACAGGCUUGGCUCCCUGUAAAGGAUCUACUUCUUCAGCCCUGGAUCCUCUAACCUGCCUCUUGAAACAAGCCAAGUCCAAAAUUUCUUCUUUGGGAUCUCAGCAGGGCUGUCCAGAAGACAACACUGAGGGUAGGCGCCUCAAAACUGAUAACCUUCCAGAGGAUCCUGAUAUGAAAAAUGCUCCAUGGUAUGCAGGCAGUUGUGACCGGCGUACAGCGGAAGCAGCUCUCCUCCAAUUUAACAAGAACAGUGCCUUCAUGGUACGACAGAGUUCCCACCACUCUGCCAGCCAGCCUUUCACCUUGGUGGUUUUUUACAAGAAUCGGGUCUACAAUGUUCCUAUCCACUACCAGGAGAGCAGCUGCCAGUUUGCUCUUGGCAAGGAUCCCAAGAGGCAUGAGCUGUUUGACAGCGUUUCCAGCAUCAUCGAGAAGUACUCAGAGCGCCCCCUGGUGCUGAUCGACGGCAGCACUUCUGCCAAAGAGCAAACUCGACUUUUGUUCCCCGUGACACCGUGAAGAUCGGCGCCUGCCACACAGAGUGGAUCCCCAGUUUCAGCUAGGCGCCCCGAGUGUGGGUUUCGAGGCCCUUCUGGAGCAAGGACAAAACGUUCAGAAUUCAAUCUGGCAACCUGCGUUAUCUCAUUCAUAGCCUGCUUUUCAACAACUUUCCGGAGGCAGAAGAAAGUUGGUUUGCAAAAUUCUAGACAUGAUUUAAUGAUGAAAAAGAAAGAAUAUCAUAAUAUAAAUGUACAAUUAUGAUGAUAGAGGUGAACAGACUAGGUAAAACUGAAAGGAACUUGAAAGAAAGUAUAUAUUAAUAUAACAUUGGGGAUGCUUGGAUACCAAAUAGGGGAAAUAUUGGACAACAAAGGGGAAAGAAAGAAGAGAGGAGUAGAGGGUAAGAUAGAAGAGGAGAGGGAGAGAGAGGAAUGGAAGAAAGGGGAAAGGAGAGGAAGAAAAGAGAAGGAAAAAGAGUA